AUGAGCCGUCGAUUGGAUGCAGGCAGCAUGAGGAGCGAACAAGCGUCGAUCACAAGCUUCUUCAAGAGGGCGGAGAGUCCGAGGAGUUGCAGUGAACCUGCGACCUCCAAGACAGAGACUCCGGCAACAGUUGUCAAGAGAAACCGGGGCCUGCAAGAGAAUAGCUUCAAUCGCCAAGAACCGAGGCUUGCUACCUGUGAGCAUGCUACAUUGGUUGUCAGCACACAGGUGCAAGAAGAAGAAGAUCCCACCUCCCAGUCAUCGACAAGGCCCAGCCUCAGAGCGUCAGGUCGAAGAGCUUCCAUGCAAGCCAGGCAACGGCUGUCGAGCUUGAAGGAUGAGGCAGACUUGAAGGAUGAAGCUGACUCCGAUGACAGUGAGCAUGUCGGCCAACCAGCCAAGAAGCCUCGAGCCUCCCAUAACCCUGCAGCCCUUGAAAAAGCCCUACAAGGCCUUCGAUACACCGAGGGAGGGAGAGCGGCGCAUCACCUAGGAGAAGAGCAGCAGAAGAGACCGACGAGCAGCAAGACUGUCAAGACUCCUGCACAAGUCCGAAAGCUUCAAAGCAAGUCUGUUGGUAAUCACAGUCAGAGCAAGUCAAGAGCGUCGAAGCGCGAGGGAGGCAAUGAAGGCGAAGUUGAGUCGAGUGUAGCUCAUCAAGACAUGAGUAGAAGCAGGAUGCUGUCGUGGAAGCUCAAGAGCGAGGAUCAAUUCAAUCAGAUCCUGAGUGAUGCUCUCGAAUCGGCAGAGGCUUCUGUAGCCUUGCACAGAGAAGAUGAUAAGGCCACCUCCUCCAUCAGCAAGUCGAAGUCCUCUUCCCAUGCUGCGAGAGAGCCGGAGAAGUUUGAGAUGUCGGAGUACGAGAAGGCUCGUCUUGAGAACAUCAAUCGAAACAAAUCGUUCCUGAUGAACCUCGGUAUCGAGUCGUUAGUCAACACUGCCGAAGAACCAAAAGCGCCAGCGAAGCCCCGACGAAUCAGCCGACGUGCAGAUGAGAGCCCGGCAGCUGCUCCUCUGCGACGAAGCACCAGGUCGGGAGCAGCCUGCGAGGAGAUGCAGACCAAGGUGCAUGUGAUGGCUCGUGAUGCAGCUGCGAUCGAAAGCGCACAAGAGCGGAUAAGCAGAGUGAAAGAAGAAAUCGAGAACUUGUCCUCAAGAACUCGUCGGGACCCUCAAGCGUGUGACAACGAGCGAGAGGACGAGACAGCAGGGUUUUCUCAAUUCGCUUUAGACUUCGACGAUUCUAGCGUGAGAAGGUAUACCUGCAAGACUGUAAGUACAAGAGCCGCCAAGCAAGACCUGAGCGAGGGGAUUGGAGGGAUCGCACCCAUAGAAAAUGCGGUGUACAACGACUCGAACCUGAAGCGCAUCUACACCAUGUCGUUCCGGAAAGGAGGCGCUCUCCUCGCUGCUGCGGGUCAUGGAGGAUAUGCUGGAAUCUUCGGAGUUGGAGGGGAAGAAUGUGGCGACUCGAGCCUCAUCUCCUGGCGAGCUCACUCAGGAUGGAUAGGAGAGAUUCAGGCAAAUUCCGCCCCUGAUAGAAACUGCCUCAUGGUUCUGCAGUUCUUGUCCUACCAGCAGGAAGACCAAAACCUCUUGCUAACAGCGUCUAAUGACAAGGCGAUCACCGUCUGGGAUCUCAACCUCUCAGCUUCAUCUGGCAAGCGAAUGUUACCCAAGCAGGUUGCAUCGCUUGCGGCGCAUGACGGAGGCAUUUUCAGCCUUCAUGAGGUAGGAGGAACGAUCGGGAGUGCAGGGAAGGACGGCAACAUCGUCAUAUCACAGAUCGUCGACUCUCAGUUGAGCUCGCAGAGGACACUUGUAGGGCUGCAUGAGGGGCAAGUGAUCAAGUGCGUGAGGUUUCAAGCUCUCCAUGGCAUGCAAGCUGCCAUCCAGGUUUCCGACCUCCGCUCCCGCUCCCCUUCCCUACGCGUCGAAUCAGCGGCCAGAAGCUGCGUCAACUUCGUGCAGUGGAGCCCGACCAACGAGUUUCUGCUGCUGUCCUCUAGCUUCGACGCUGAUCUCAAGAUCUGGGACACGAGAAGGGUGGGUCACCAUCUCGUCCCGAGAGAAGCGCGCGUGAAGGGGAUGCACCGAGCCAGCUUCCUGCAUGAGGGAAAGUACGUGGUGACCACGGGGGAGAAGACAGAUGUCAUCUCCAUCUACGACGUCUCCUCAGGGGCUGCUGUCAGCCGCGGGCUGGCAGAAAGCGCAGGAACAGCGAUCGUGAGCUAUGAGGACGACAGGAGUUGUGUGCUGGCCGUCGCGUCGAGCAUGCAAGUAGAGCUCUACACGCCGAUCAGUAAGAACGAGAUGAGCGCUUGA